ACAGACGCUAGAUUAGGGUUUUAGAGAGCGAAACUGAGGAAUUUCGUAUUAACGGAACAAAUUGAAAGCGAUAAGGGAGGAGGGUUUGAGAGUGGGCGGGUGACGUUAUUUUGUAGCUAUGUCGAGUCGGCCGGAGUUACAAGCACCACCGGAGAUAUUCUACGAUGAUACGGAAGCUCGCAAAUACACGUCUUCUUCUCGCAUAAUAGAGAUUCAGGCGAAACUCUCUGAGAGAGCUCUGGAGCUGCUUGCUUUGCCCGAUGAUGGAGUCCCGAGGUUACUCCUUGACAUUGGUUGUGGGUCGGGAUUGAGUGGGGAGACACUAUCUGAAAAUGGACAUCAGUGGAUUGGCUUAGACAUAUCACAAUCAAUGCUCGAUGUUGCUUUGGAACGGGAGGUCGAGGGUGAUCUUCUACUCAGUGACAUGGGUCAGGGUUUACCACUACGCACUGGAGUUAUUGAUGGGGCCAUCAGCAUCUCUGCUAUUCAGUGGCUAUGCAAUGCGGACAAGUCCUCCCAUGAACCACGAUUACGACUGAAGGCCUUCUUUGGAUCAUUAUAUAGAUGCUUGGCAAGGGGAGCAAAGGCAGCGUUCCAAGUGUACCCAGAAAAUGUAGCCCAGCGUGAGUUGAUUUUGAGUUCUGCAAUGCGUGCUGGAUUUGCUGGUGGUGUGGUCAUUGACUACCCCCACAGUGAGCCAGUGAAUCAACUCAUUGUUAGGCAGAGCUUUUUGCGUGGAGAAGAUAUUAUUGCUUUGAGUGUUUCCAUUUGUGUGCAUCUCAGUGACAUGCAUUUUUCAAAGAUGAGAAAAGAAUUUGUUGUGCUCACUUGUGGUCCACCGUCAAUAAGCUCAUCUGUCCCCCAGGGAAAAGGUCAAGAUGGGGAGAGUUGUUCAGAUGAUGAAAGUAGCGGAGAUGAAGAGGAUCAAACGGUCUGCAUUUCGGACAGGCAUAGACCAAGAAAAAAGCAGAAAGUAACCAAGAAAGGGAGGACUCGGCAAUGGAUACUGAAGAGGAAGGAAAAAGGGAGAAGAAAAGGAAAUGUUGUGCCGCGUGACACUAAAUACACAGGUCGGAAACGAAAGGCCCGCUUUUAACUUCUUACAUUGGAUGUCCUUUUCUUCUCUCGGAUUCCUUUCUUUUUUGUUGGUAUACAAAUUACAAAGGGUCUCUAUUCUUUCUUUCUGCUACUUGACUGUUUCCUUGGAAGACAAGUAGUCUAGAACCUUACGUCUAUCAUGUGUGAAUUUUCGGUGUGAUAUUUUAUUUACAGUCAUGCUAGCUAAGCCCAAAUGCUACUUAUGCUGCUGUUUUAAGUUUUUUAACAAGUGAAGGUUGGGUGUC